CUCUGAUUAUAGAGAACAAUUCAAGAUAAUUAAUUUUAAUGUCAAUAUGAAUAGUAUAUGGAGCUAUGCCGGUGCAUCAAUUAAACACAAGAUCGAUAAUCUUAAUUUAAAUGUAUCAUGCCUUGAAUGGGAAUCUAGAUCUGAUAGGCUUUUUUUAAUGGGCACAGAUGAAAGAUUUGUUAAAAUAUAUAAUAAAGAGUCUCAAUCUAUUGUUCAUGAGUUUCAAAUGGAUGAACAAUUUCCAAGGGUAAAACAGAUAAAUUGUUCACCAGUAGAACCAUUAUUUGCAUGUUCAAGUUCACCUAAGGGAGUUGUUGAUGGACUGAAUAAUGUUAAUGGAUCAUUGAUAACAUGGAAUUUAAAGACAAUGAUGAUACAAGACAAAUUUACGCUUGAACCAUCUAUAUCAAAAGCUUCAGGACUGCCUGUAGUUCCUAUAGAGACCCUACAAUUCAAUCACAACGGUCAGAUGCUUGUUACUGGUGAUAAAGCUGGAUGUCCUAUAAUGGAAUGGUGUUUACCGAAAAUAAUAAACACUUAUCCAAGCAAAAAAGGAAAUAGUGCUAUUUAUUCAUCACGAUUUAGUUUUGAUGAAAACACCGUAUAUGUUGUUGACGAGGCUGGUGAUCUAACGCAAUGGUCCAUUCACAAACCGGGCUCAAUAAUCUCUCAAUCUCAUCUUUCUGGUUUUCCACCUUCUUCGGUAUCAAUAAAUCAUGCGACAUUAACAAAACCGUCGUUUCGUAAGAGGACAUCUUCAAUGUCUUCAAUUAAAUCUACUAAAUCUAACAAGUCUUUUAAUGGAAGUUACAAUUUAAUAACUAACGUAAUUGGAGGUGGAUUGACAAAUGGUGGAACUAAUGGUUUUACAAACAAUGGAAGUUUGAAUAAAGUACCUAUGGUUUCGUUUAGUAGUGAUACAAAACAUGUUUUGUGUGUUGGCGGCAAUGGAUUUCAGGGAGUUAUUUAUCAAACCUCAACAGGAAAUCAGGUUCAAUUAUUAGCACCACAUAGUUCGCCAUUAACAGUUGUUGAUUGGACAACUAUGUUUGGAAAUUCCGUAUUAACUGGCGCGAUUGACGGAUCCGUGAGAGUUACCAAAAUGGUUACCGAUGGGUCUACAUAA